AUGGAAGAUCAACCUAUGGAUGAUCACAUGGCAGAGGAGGAUAUCCAAGUGAAUGUGACUAGCAACGGGGGAAAAAAGAAGGAAGAGUCAGCGAGCGAUGAGGAAGAUUGGGUAGAAAAACUACGUAAGGAAGAGGACGAAGAAGAAGGGGAUGAGGUCUUUGUUACGGUUGAUGGUAAGGAGGAUCCUCUUUGCCCAACGUACUCUUUUCCAAAAGCCUUGCAUUUAGAAGGUUGCAGACCUUGGAGACAGGCAGUGAUUGUGGAACUUCUAGGGAAGAAAGUUGGAGUUAGAUUCUUACUCAAUCGUUUACUGAGGAUGUGGAAUAUCCCAGGCACAUAUGAGUUCAUUGAUCUGGAGAAUGACUACUUUUUGUUCCGAUUUUCAAAUAAGAAUGAUUACUCUCAUGUUUUGGAGGAUGGUCCUUGGAUCAUAGUUGAUCAUUAUGUGGUAGUUCAACGGUGGCGUCCAUUUUUUAAUCCUUAUGAUGAUGAGAUCAGAAAGCUGGCAGUUUGGAUUCGUAUUCCAGGACUUCCUAUUGAAUUCUAUACCUCUCAUCAUUUGUGGAAUAUAGGUAGUAUUUUUGGUCGCACAUUGAAGAUUGAUAGGAACUCUAUCAGGAAACGUGAUUCUGGUGAAGGUGAUAUUACAGAGAGAGCAAAGUUUGCUAGAAUUUGUGUCGAAGUUGAUCUUAGGAAAGGCUUUUUGUCCAAAUUCCGGAUUGCUGAUCGUAUCUUCCAUGUUGGAUAUGAGGGUCUCCACUUAGUUUGUUUUGCUUGUGGAAAGUAUGGGCAUAGAAGGGAUCAGUGUUCCCAUAGUAAUCUUCAACAAGAUACUACGACUUAUUCUCCUGAAGUUUCUGACUCGGUGGUGCAUAAGCAGCCGGAAAAAGAUUCUGUUCCGGCGAAGGAGGAACCGUUUGGGAAUUGGAUGCUAGUGCAGCGUAACCGUCGAUCAAGGAGCAUAGCACAAUCAAAGGAGGAAUCAAGGAGCAUAGCACAAUCAAAGGAGGAAUCAUUACCAUCGGGUAGGAGACAAGUUGGCGUUGUUAAUAAUGCAGCGUUACGUAAUAAGGCAGUUUCCAAUUAUCAUCCUAAUCACAGACAGGUCAUUCAAUCAGGUUCAAGAUUUCAAGCUAUUGCUGAGUUGGCUCAAAAGGAUAAUAAUAUCUUAAUUAUUUCUGAUUCUCCAGUGAUUGAUUCAAUCAACAUUGAAUCUGGUCUGACACGAAUUAAUCAUGGGGAAUUAAUUGCUCAUAAUGAAGAACCGUUGAUGAAAAAGGAUAUUCAAAUGGAAACAGUUUCUCCAUCUGCUAACCUAUCCGCGGGCAAGUCGAGAAAAGAGGUCCAAAGUCAAGGAGUAAAAUUCAAAGAGAACCAAAAGAAGAAAGCAACUGCAUCAUCUGCUAAAGUUCAUCAGCUGGUCCAGAAUGCUAAUAUUAGCAAAGGCAGAUUAAAUGCUUCAAAAGGUGCAGAAUCUCAAAAGAAUAAUUUUAAACUUGAUUCUCAGAAGAAUAUGUCGGAGGAUUUCCAAGAUAGACAAAUUGUCUUGCACCCUUCUAUAUCUAAAUUCCAGAGGAAGACGUCUCAUGUGGUUAAUGAUCAGCAAGAGACUCUUCCUUCUUCUAGUGGCUUGGAUAAUGGAGGUAAACAUGGAAGACCACCAGAUGCUCUUACAGAGGCUGGGAAAAGGAGUUUUCCGCCUCUAAUUCGGGAUCUUUCUCAUAGAUACAGUAUUAAGGUUAUGGCUUUGUUAGAAACUAGAUUGAGUGGUGUUAUGGCGGAUAGAGCUAUUCGGCGUCUUGGUUUUUCUGGUCACUUUCAUCGUGAUGCUGUUGGUUUUUCUGGCAGUAUUUGGGUGCUUUGGAACACUGAUGAAGUUUCAGUGGAUGUUCUUUUUUCUCAUCACCAACUUGUCCAUACUAAAAUUUGUUGGGUAAAAGAAAAUAGAGAGGAGUUCAUGACUUUUAUUUAUGCAAGUCCGCGAAGACAGGAACGUAUUCAGCUGUGGGAAAUUCUGUCUUCACUGUUUGAUCAGUCCAUGAGGAAUGCAGCUUGGGGGAUAGCAGGUGAUUUUAACACUUAUUUGUAUGAGUAUGAGAAGCUAGGUGGUAAUGGGCAUAACUGGAAUAGCAUGAGGGAAUUUCGUGAUUGUUUAGAUGAAUGUAGCUUGUCUGACAUUGGCAAUCAAGGUCCUAUUUUCACUUGGCAAAGAAGAAAUCUUCAGGAACGUCUUGAUAGGGUUUGCGCUAAUGAUAAUUGGAACUUGGUUUUCCCUAACCGUGUGGCUUUCAACUUGCCUUUCUUUGGCUCAGAUCAUCGACCAGUGUUAUUAUGGGAAGGUCAACCUGCUAUUUAUCCGAGAGGGGAGCGUCCUUUCCGUUUUCUAGCGUCCUGGUUAACAGAGAGCACUUUUCAUGAGGUGGUUAAUGGAUGUUGGUCAAACAAUGUAAACUGGAUGCAUGCUAUGGAGACAUUUCAGAUUAAUGCUUCGGAAUGGCAUAGAAAUGUUUAUAGGAUUGCUCUGAAAAGAAAGAAUGAUUUGCAUGCAAGGAUUAGAGGUAUUGAUAGAUGUCUUAGUUAUCAGUACAGUCAUAGCCUUGAGAUGUUGCAAAAGGAUCUAUGGAGGGAACUAGACAAGAUUUAUCUUCAAGAGGAAAUUACUUGGUUUCAAAGAUCGAAAUUGAAUUGGUUUGCUCUUGGAGAUAGGAACUCGCGUUUCUUUCAUUCUGUGACGGUUGCCAGACGUAGGAGGAAUCGCAUAGAUACGUUGAAAAACUCUGAGGGAGUUUGGAUUGGUGAUCAACAGGUUUUAAUGGAAAUGGCUGUUUCUUUCUUUGAAAAUCUGUACACAAAAGAUCCAUUACCUAAACCGGCUUUUCCAGUUCGUGGCUUUUUUCCAGUUAUUGAAGCGCAUGCUUUAGACACGAUGAGUAUUAUGCCAAACAGUAAGGAGAUCAGAGAUGUAGUCUUCUCUUUUGGUCCAUACAAGUCGCCUGGGAAGGAUGGGCUUAAUGCUCUUUUCUUUCAAUCUCAGGUAGACAAGGAGCGGAUAAUAUCAUUGUGGCUCAGGAAAUCAUCCAUUCCAUGA